AUGGUCUCCGUCCUCGUCGUGGGCGGCGGCGGCCGCGAGCACGCCAUCGUGACGGCGCUCGCUCGGAGCGACAAGGUGGAGAAGAUCUACGCCGCGCCGGGCAACGGCGGCACGGCGAGCAUGGGCGGCAAGGUCAUGAACGUGUCCGUCGCCGAGGCCGACGUCGCGGCCUUCGCCGUGAAGAAGCAGGUCGCCCUCGUCGUCGUCGGGCCCGAGGCGCCCCUCGUCGCCGGCGUCUGCGACGACUGCCGCGCACUCGGCGUCGCGACGUUCGGCCCGAGCGCGGCGGCCGCGGAGAUCGAGGCGUCCAAGGCGUGGUCCAAGGCGUUCAUGACGCGCCGGGGCCUCAAGACGGCGCGCUUCGAGACCUUCGCGAGCUCGGAGAAGGCCAAGGCGCGGGCCUACGUCGAGCGCUGCGGCUUCGACGUCGUCGUCAAGGCGUCGGGCCUCGCCGCGGGCAAGGGCGUCCUCGUGCCGCCCGCGGGCGACCGCGCCGCGGCGCUCGCGGCCGUCGACGAGAUGUUCGGCGACCACGGCUUCGGCGCCGCCGGCGACACGGUGGUCAUCGAGGAGCAGAUGAGCGGGCCCGAGAUCUCGCUGCUGGCCUUCUGCGACGGCGAGACGUGCGCGUGCAUGCCGCCCGCGCAGGACCACAAGCGCGCGCUCGACGGCGACCGGGGCCUCAACACGGGGGGCAUGGGUGCCUACGCGCCGUCGCCCCAGAUCUCCGCCGCCCAGCUCGCCGAGGCCCAGGCCGUCAUGGCGAAGGCCGUCGCGGGCCUCAAGGCCGAGGGCCGGCCGUUCGUCGGCUGCCUCUACGGCGGCUUCAUGCUCACGGAGUCCGGGCCGAGCCUCCUCGAGUUCAACGCGCGCUUCGGCGACCCGGAGACGCAGGUCGUGCUGCCCUUGCUCGAGAGCGACUGCUUCGAGGUCAUGAUGGCGUGCGCGACGGGCCGGCUGGCGGAGCUGCCGCCCGUGCGCUGGGCCGACGCCGUCGCGGCGACGGUCGUCGUCGCCGCCGGGGGCUACCCGCGGUCCUACGCCAAGGGCCUGGCCAUGUCCGGCGUCCGCGACGCGGACCGGCUCCCGGGCGUCACGGUCUUCCACGCGGGCACGAAGCUGCAGGACGGCGCGUUGGUCACGUCCGGCGGCCGCGUCGUCGCCGUCAGCGCCGUCGCGCCGGAGCUCAAGGGGGCCCUGCGCGCCGCCUACGCCGGCGCCGCCAAGGUCCGCUUCGCGGGCGCGCGCUACCGCGGCGACAUCGCGCGGCGGUGUUUGGACGCGCCGCUGAAGAUCGGCGUCCUCGGGUCGACGCGCGGGUCGUCGCUGCAGCCGCUGCUCGACGCCCUGGGCACCGACGCCUUCCCCAACGCCGAGUUGGUGUGCGUGCUCUCGAACAAGGCCGACUCGGGUAUCCUGGAGCGCUGCGCGGCGAAAUGCGGCAACCGCGUCCACGUCAAGGCGCCCCCGGCGUCGUCGGGCACCAAGGAGGAGAAGCGCGCGGCCUACGACGCGCUGCUCACGGCGGCCUUCGACGAGGCGGGCGUCGAGCUCGUGCUCUGCGUCGGCUGGAUGAAGAUCCUGUCGCCGGAAUUCGUCGCCGCGUGGCGCGGCCGCUGCUUCAACGUGCACCCGAGCCUGCUGCCCGACUUCGCCGGCGGCAUGGAUCUGGAGGUCCACGCGGCCGUGCUCGCGGCGCAGAAGGCCGAGACGGGCUGCACGGUGCACCUCGUCACCGACGACGUCGACGGCGGCGCCGUCGUCGUCCAGAAGGUCUGCGCCGUCGAGGCCGCGGACGCGCCCGAGGACCUGAAGAAGCGCGUCCAGGCCCUCGAGGGGCCCGCCCUGCUCGCCGCCGCCGCCGCCUUCCAGCGCGGCGACGCGGGCGCGCGCUUCGCGCCGCGCGCGGCGCCGCGCGCGGACGACGCGGCCGCGGCGCCCGCGGCGCCGCUGACGUACCGCGCGGCGGGCGUCGACAUCGACGCGGGCAACGCCCUCGUGGACCGCAUCAAGCCUCUGGCCAAGGCGACGGCGAUCCCCGGCUGCGAGGGGUCGCUCGGCGGCUUCGGCGCCUUAUUCGACCUGAAGAAGGCGGGCUUCGGCCCCGCGGCGGACCCGGACGACGCGGGCGAGGACGUGCUCCUCGUGUCGGGCACGGACGGCGUCGGCACGAAGCUGCGGCUCGCCCAGGCGGGCAACGAGCUCGCCGACGGCGUCAACUACGACGGCGCGAUCGGCGUCGACCUCGUCGCCAUGUGCGUCAACGACAUCGUCACGACGGGCGCGAAGCCCCUCUUCUUCCUCGACUACUACGCGACGGGCAGUUUGGACGUGGGCCGCUGCGGCGAUUUGGUCGCCGGCGUCGCCGACGGCUGCGCGAAGAGCGGCUGCGCGCUCGUCGGCGGCGAGACCGCGGAGAUGCCGGGCCUCUACGGCGCGGGCGACUACGACGUCGCGGGCUUCGCCGUGGGCGCUUUACGGCGCAAGGACAUGCUCCCCAAGUGCGGCCGCAUGGCGCCGGGCGACCAGUUGGUCGCCGUCGCGUCGUCGGGCGUCCACGCGAACGGCUUCUCGCUGGUCCGCAAGGCGCUCCAGCGCGAGGCCGACGCCAAGGCCGCGGGCGACGCGACCGCGCUGUUGAGCGCGUCGGCGGCGUCGCUCAACGCCGCGGCGCCCGAGUACGUCGGGAGCCUCGCGGACGCGCUCCUCGCGCCGACGCGGCUCUACGCGUCGACGAUCGCGGCGCUGAGCGGCGUGGAGCUGCUCGGCGCGGCGCACAUCACGGGCGGCGGCCUCACGGAGAACCUGCCCCGCUGCCUCCCGGACCACCUCGCCGCGGAGUGCGCGCCCUUCGCGCUGCCGCCGCUCUUCAAGUGGCUCCGGGCCGCGUGCGGCGGCCUGCCCGACGACGAGAUGCUCCGCACCUUCAACUGCGGCGUCGGCCUCGUGCUCGUGCUCAAGCCCGGCGACGUCGACAAGGCCGUCGCCAUGCUCGGCGCCGCGGGCGAGACGGGCGUCUUCAAGCUCGGCGCGCUGGUCAACAAGACGCCCGCGAACCCGGGCUGCGUCAUGUCCAAGUGGGUCAAGUACUCCUACGGCGCGCUCGCCUUCAGCGGCACGCUCGGCACCUACGUCGUCAUCACGGAGCUCAACCACCUCGCGCACCCGCACGAAAGCCACACCCCGGCCAUGUCGCACCUCAAGAUCCGCGCCAAGCCCUACCCGUGGUCCUGCCCGGACUGCAACCUGUUCGACAGCGCGUGCUGGAAGGCGUGCAAGGAGAAGUAG